AUGAGUGAUGAUGGUAGCAGGGUGAGCUCGAAGUUUGAAAAAGAAACAGAAGAUUUGGAAGUGGCAUUGAUGACAGAUUCAAAUUCGGAUGAAAAAAAAUGCGUAUAUGGUGGAUUUACUAAUGAAGCUUAUGAGGAGUUGGUGCGUUAUCAUCGUAACAAAGAAAUUCCUAAACGUCUUCAAGGCCACUUGAAGCAUCGUGUUGAUUGUUUCAAGAGGAAAGCCAAAAGGUUUCAGCUGAUUGAAGGAACUGAUCAGCUGAUUUAUAUUGAAGGAAGUGUGGUAGUUCGUUUUUUAAAUGAUUUUCUUGUGAAUUUAGGAUUCAAGCCAGACCACUCAACGGUGGGACAAUUUGUUGUGAAAAAAAAUGAAGUUGAAAAAAUCCUCACUCAGGCUCAUUUGGAAUCAAAUCACGGUGGCUUAAAUGCUACACGUAAAAUGGUUUCAACAAAAUUUUAUUGGAACUCGAUUACAAGCGACGUUGAGCAAUUUAUCAAGCAAUGUCCACGUUGUCGUAUUACUCGUAUGCGAUACGUUGCAUCCAAUAAUGUUCCGUGGCGUAAGGGUGGACGAUAUGGGGAUAUUUACACAGGUAACUGGGAUGGAAGCGAAGAUGACUAUGCACUUUCUGAUCGUUCCUACAAUCGAACUUGGAAAUUUGCUCGAAGUCUCAAUGGAGGCGAGUAUGCUACAUAUGCACCGGACAACGAAGUUCUUCCUCAGGAGUGGAAGCAUGAUAGACCUGCAAAUGACGUUAUGAUUACGGAUGAUAUGACAAAUGAAAACAUCGAUAUCGAAAAUGAUACGGAUGAACUGGGUGCUGAAGGAAGGAUAGAUACACAGAUGUUAUUGCCUCAUUACUUUCGUGUGAGGCCUAUUCAACCAACCUUUAACAGACCACAUUUCGCAGAGUGGAUGGAAAGGGAACAAGUACUAGAUUAUGAUGAAUCUUACGGUAAUCCGGAGGAAGCGUAUUAUGAAGAUGAUUUUGUUGUUGGGGAAGGUAUGGCAAACAUUGCACCACUAACAAGUGGUGAAGAAAGAUUGGUUUCAGAAGAUAGCUUGGAUGGUGGCAUUGAUAGGUCAAGUUCGGCAAAGGCUACUGUAUGCAAAGAAAAGUUUGUUGAAAAUACUCCAGUUAAGCGACGAUACGUAGAAGACGAUCGAGAGUGUAUCAUUGAAACAGAUAGAAAAUAUUUUAUGGUUGAAGCAGAGCAGCUUUUGCAGCUUUUCAAGAGAUGUUCCGGAUGCGGUGAAAAGUUGAAGCAGGUGACGUUGUAUGCUGAUUCACCUACGCCAACAGUUGCUUAUCAGUGUAGUAAAUGUGAGCAAACUAUAUGGUUUGGACAGAAAAUGGAUUAG